CCCCCCCCCCACCAAAAAAAUAAAAAUAAAAAGCUUGGUAAUCUACUCUUCACAUUCGGCCUCACAUCAGGAUCUGCUUGCAAAACACCGACUUUGUUCUCGUUUUGUCACAUUGAAUCAAAUUGCAUGCAUUCCUUGAGCUUUCUCCAUCUCUUCACUCAUAUUCGCUACUGAUUCUGCUUUUCAUUUUGUUGGUGACCGUCUCUCUGCUUGGAACAAAUACUCUGCUCCUUCCAUUUCUUCCACUCUCUUAUUUUAGUUUCCUUUUGCUCCCGCUUUCAUUUGUUUCUGUUUUUUUUCAUCAUUUCCCUUCUGUUUUCCCAACAAAACCGCACACACACCAAAAAAAAAAAAAUAAAGAAAUCCAACUGAAACAAAAUGACAGAGAUCAUUAUUGCCGUUGCUACAAAAGUUUCAGAGUACUUGGUUGCUCCAAUUGGACGCCAGCUUAGUUAUCUGUUUUGCUACCGCGGCCACAUGGAUGAUCUCAACAAGAAGGUUCAGGAGUUGGGGCUUGCAAAGGAUGACCUUCAGAUUACUGUUGAUGCAGCUAUUAGAAGAGGGGAUGAAAUCAGACCUAUUGUUCAAGACUGGCUGACUCGGGCAGAUGGGAUUACAGGCCAGGCAGAGGAAUUAAUGAACGAUGAAAAUAAGAGCUGUCUCAAUGGCUGGUGUCCUAAUCUCAAGUCACGUUACCUGCUAAGCAGAGAAGCGGACAAGAAGGCGCAGGUUAUUGUUCAAAUUCAAAAAUACCAUAAUUUCCAGAAUGGCGUAUCAUAUCGUGCACCUCCACCGACUGAACGUUUUACAGAUUAUGAACCUUUUGGAUCAAGAGCCUCGACUGUGAACAAGUUUAUGGAUGCAUUAAGAGAUGAUGAGAUCAACAAGAUUGGGGUAUGGGGCAUGGGCGGUGUGGGCAAAACCACGCUGGUCAAACAAUUGUCCCAACUAGCUGAAGAUGAGAACCUGUUCACCACACGAGUCUACAUAGAUGUAUCCUGGACUCGAGAUUCGGAAAAACUUCAAGAAGGACUUGCUAAAAUUCAACAAAAAAUUGCAGACAUGUUAGGCUUGGAAUUUAAGGAGGUGGCCAAACCCGCUAGAGCAGGUGAACUGAUGCAGAGACUGAAGUACGAGAAGAUCCUUAUUAUCUUAGAUGACAUUUGGAUGGAAGUUAAUUUGGAGGAAGCCGGAAUUCCUUCUAAAGAUGAUCACAAAGAUUGCAAAAUAGUGUUGGUUUCUAGAGAUGAAGAUCUAUUACGCAAAGACAUGUGCGCACAAGAAUGUUUUCCAAUUCAACAUUUACAAGAAGAAGAAGCUUGGCAUUUAUUUAAGAAGACAGCAGGUGAUUCCGUGGAGGGGGACCAACUGCGACCCACAGCAAGGGAGGUAGUUAACGAAUGUCAGGGUCUACCAAUUGCAAUUGUAACAAUUGCAAAGGCAUUAAAAGAUGAAAGCGUGGCUGUAUGGAAGAAUGCCUUGGAAGAACUGAGGGGUUCUGCUCCAACAUGUCUGGAGUGGAGUUACAACCAUUUGAAAGGUGAUGAAGUCAAGUCAUUGUUCUUACUUUGUGGUUGUUUGAGCAAUGGCGAUAUUUCAAUGCAUCAAUUGUUACAGUAUGCUAUGGGUUUGGAUUUGUUUUACCACCUCAAGUCAUUGGAGCAAGCAAGAAUUAAACUAGUUACAUUGGUGAGAACCCUCAAAGCCUCAAGCUUGUUGCUUGACGUUGAAGAUGGAAAGAGUCAGGAGUCGUCAGGGUUGUUUAACGAGUUUGUCAGAAUGCAUAAUGUUAUUCGUGGUUUUGCCAGAGCAAUUGCAAGGGAAGAUCCUCAUCGAUUUGUGGUGGAAGAAGCUCUUGGAUUCGAAGAAUAUUGGGAAAUGAAGGAUGAGUUCACAUAUUGCACUCAUAUGUUGAUAGGCAGAGAUAUCCACAGGCUUCCAGGAGCAUUGGUAUGUCCCAAACUUGAAUUCCUUUUAUUGGAUGGUAAUAAUUCGUCCUUGAAAAUUCCAGACUCCUUUUUUGUAGUGACCAAAGAACUCAAAGUCUUGAGCUUGUCUGAAACGUGUCUUACACCAUUGCCUUCAUCACUUCAUUUCCUUCCAAAUCUUCGAACAUUGUGUUUAGACCAAUGCCAGCUUGGAGAUAUCGCAAUAAUUGGAGAACUCAAGCAAUUGCAGGUUCUUAGUUUUGUGGGUUCCGAUAUUAAACAGUUGCCGAAAGAAAUGAUGCAAUUGAGUGAUCUAAGGUGGUUAGAUCUGCGGAAUUGCUCUUACCUCAAAGCAAUUCCACAGAAUGUCAUAUCAAGUCUAUCUCGAUUGGAGUGUAUGUGUAUGGAAAAUAGCUUUACUCAAUGGGAGGUUGAAGGAGUUAACAAUGGAGAAAGCAAUGCUUGCCUUUCUGAGCUCAAACACUUGUCUUCGUUGUGGGCUUUAGACAUAAAAAUACCUAAUCUGAAUUUGCUUCCACCAGAUAUGCUCUUUGACAACUUGACCAGAUAUAGAAUAUUAGUAGGUGAUCACUGGAUGUGGCAUCAUACUUAUAAAGCCUCAAGAACGUUGAAGCUCAGUGAGGUUAAAAGCCUUCAUCUGGUGAAAUGGUUUUCCAAACUGCUAAAGAGAGCUGAAGAUCUAGAAUUGAGGGGAUUGGGUGAUACUAAACAUGUGUCUAACGAGUUAGACUCGGAGGGCUUUCUUGAGCUGAAGCAUCUCCAGAUCCAUGAUAGUCCCGGGAUUCAAUACAUCAUUAAUUCAAUGGAUCAGUGGGUCUCAUCGCGUAGUGCCUUUCCUAUCUUGGAGGAGCUGCAUCUUCGGGACCUCAUUAACUUGGAUGCUGUAUGCCAUGGCCCAAUUCCAGUGGGGUGUUUUGGUAACUUAAGAAUUCUACACGUGGGCAGAUGUAAGAAUUUGCAGUAUCUAUUAGUUCUUCCCACAGGAGAAAGAAGGGAACUAGCGUUUCCUCAACUGAUAUCCUUGAGCCUGGAAGAUCUACCAAAGCUCAGUAACUUCUACUCCACAGGAACCACUGCUACCCAGGAGUCAUUGACAAGCAAUGAAGGACCACAAGGAAUCUAUUCAGAGAGUAUGCUUUAUGUUCACACGUUAUUUUUCGAUCAGAAGAUUGCAUUUCCUAGAUUGGAGGACUUGGAUCUCUCCAACCUGGAUAAUGUGGAAAAGAUAUGGCACAAUCAUGAGUUUAUUGCAGACUCCGUUGGAAAUCUAAAAAGAUUGUCUGUACGGUCCUGUCAAAAACUGCAGAACGUUAUUCCUUCCAAUGUGCUGAAGAGGCUACCGAGUCUACAAAUUCUGAAGAUAGUGGACUGUAAUUCACUGGAAGAGGUUUUUGAUCUGGAAUCCAUAGGUAGUGAGGAAAAUCAUGAUAUUCCUACCCUUCAGUUGCGAGAAUUGUGUUUAGAUAAUCUUGAGACGCUGAAGUGUGUAUGGAAUAAGGCUCCUCAAGGACUUCUUACCUAUCAAAACUUAAAGUCUGUACGAGUUUCUCAUUGUCCAAGUCUUAAAAUUCCUUUUCCAGGUUAUGUGGUGAGAAGCCUUGUGCAAGUUAAAGAAGUAGAUAUGAAUUCUUGUAGAGUGAAGGAAAUUGUUGCACACGAAGAUAUGGCAAAAGUAGUGUCCAUGUUCUUAUUCCCUGAAGUGACCUCUUUGACAAAUUCCUGUCUUAAAGAACUAAAAUGUUUCUAUCUGGGACUGCAUAAUUUGGAGUGGCCAAUGUUGGAGAGACUGGAGGUGGAAAGUUAUGAAAGUUUGGAGAUGUUGGCUUCUGAACUUGAUAAACCAUUUGAACAACCCAUCUUCCUUUGUGAUAAGGUUGCGUUCCCCAAAUUGGGGUACUUGAAUCUCUCUCUCAAGUUGAAGGAAAUACAGGAUCUUCAACCUUUAUUUGGGGCCUUCUCUAAUCUAAGGAUCCUAAUAAUUGAGAACUGCCCAUUUCUUUCCAAUGUUUUGUCAUCCAAUUUUGUGCAAAGCUUAAGCAAUUUAAAAAAGCUUACUGUGAAAAAAUGUGACCUACUUGAAGAAGUCUUUGAUCUUAAUGGACUUGAUGAUGCUGACAAUGAACAUGUUGAGAUGCUCUCAAAGUUAGAAGAACUGAGCUUAAUCGAUCUACCUAUGUUGAGAUAUAUAUGCAACAGCAGCCCUCGACAAGUUGCGUGCUUCAAGAACUUGGAAUUGGUGCGGGUGAAGCAGUGUGACAGCUUGAUGUAUCUUUUUUCAGCUUCCAUGGCAUUGGGUGUUGUCAAACUCAAACACUUGCGCAUAGAAAAUUGCCCUAUGAUAGAAGAAAUUGUCAUUGCAGAAAACGGAGCUACAGACAAGAUCACUUUUCCUCAGAUAACCCAACUUUCACUUCUAUCUUUGCCCAACCUCACAAGUUUCUAUCUAAGAACACAGAAUCUUGGGGUGCUCUUCAAUGAAGAGGUUGCAUUCCCUAAAUUGGAGUUCUUGUAUGCCACCGGCCUGGAUAACGUGAAAGAAAUAUGGCAAAACCAACUGUUUGCAAAUAAUUCAUUCAGCAAACUGAAGGAAAUGAAGGUAGAAAAUUGCAAUGAACUGCAGAAUAUUUUGACAUCCAAGAAUUGGUUGCCAAGUCUAGAGUCUCUUACAAUAGACAGCUGUGAUGAAUUAAAAGUGGUUUUUGAUUUAGAAGUGAUAAAUGUUCCGGAAGAUGUAACAGACAGUCAGCCGAGUCAAUUGGGUUUAGAUGAUUUACAGAACAUAGAGCAUAUGUGCAACAAGGUCCUUGGAAAAAAAUUGUGCUUACAAAACCUGGAAUUUCUCAAGGUGCAUAACUGUGGCAGCUUGAAAAUGCUUUUCUCGCUUUACACAGAACCUGAAGGAAUAAAAGAAAUCAUCAGGCAGGGAGAAGGAGCUGAAGAGAUUAUUGAUAAGAUCGAGUUUCCUGAAUUAAGGUCUCUUUCACUUGAAUCUUUGCCCAGCCUAGCAAGUUUCUAUCCAGGAAGCCAUACUCUCAGAAGGCUUGGUCUGGGAGACCAUGAUAUCCUUACUCCAGUGCUCUUCAGCGAAAAGGUAUCAUUUCCUAAUUUGGAGAUCUUGAAACUCUCUGGACUUUUCAAGUUGACCAGGAUAUGGGAUCGCCAACUUCCGCUCAGCUCCUUUUGCAAUCUAUGCUUUCUGGAAGUGGAGAAGUGUCCAUUACUAUUGAAUGUUGUUCCAAACUAUUUGAUUGCAAGUUUACAGAAUUUAGAAAAACUAAAUGUGGAAAAAUGUGAUCAACUACAAGAAGUAUUUGAUCUUGAAGGACUUGACAAUGCUGAUCAUGGACAAGCUAGGAUGCUCUCAAUGUUGGAAGAACUGAAGUUAAUUGAUCUUCCUAAGUUGAGGUAUAUAUGGAAUAAGGACCUUCAGCAAAUUUCGUGCUUCCAGAACUUGGAAUUGCUGCAUGUUAAGCAGUGUGCAAGUUUGACGCAUCUUUUCUCUUCUGGGAUGGCUUUGGAUCUUGAGCGACUGAAAGACUUAUGCGUGGAGCAUUGUUCUAUGAUAAAAGAAAUCAUCAUGGUGGAAGACAGGGUUGCAGACAAGAUUAUAUUUCCUCAAACAACACAGCUUUCACUUCUAUCUUUGCCCAACCUAACAAGUUUUUAUAGGGGAACUCGUACACAUGAAAAGGUUCAUAUGGAAGACUGCGAUAUCCUUGCUUGUGUGCUAUUUCAUGAAAAGGUAUCAUUUCCUAACUUGGAAAUCUUGAAACUCUCUGAGCUUUCCAAGUUGACGGAGAUAUGGGAUCGCCGACUUCCACUCAGCUCCUUCUGCAAUCUACACAUCCUGGAAGUGAAGAAGUGUCCGUUACUAUUUAAUGUUGUUCCAAACAAUUUGAUUGCAAGUUUACAGAAUUUAGAAAAACUAAAUGUGGAAAAAUGUGAUCAACUAAAGGAAGUGUUUGAUCUUGAAGGACUUGAUCAUACUGAUUAUGAAAAUGCUAGGAUGCUCUCAAAGUUAGAAGAACUGAAGUUAAUUGAUCUUCCUCAGUUGGGGCAUAUAUGCAAUAAGGACCUUCGGCAAAUUUCCUUCUUCCAAAACUUGAGAGUCCUACAGCUGAAGCAGUGUGACAGCCUGAUGUAUCUUUUUUCAGCUUCCAUGGCGUUGGGUCUUGUGCAACUUGACCACUUAUGGGUAGAGCAUUGUUCACAGAUAAAAGAAAUCAUCAAGGUAGAAGACGGGAUUGCAGACAAGAUUAAAUUUCCUCAAACUACCCAGCUUUCACUUCUAUCUUUGCCCAUGCUAACAAGUUUCUAUCUAAGAACUCAGGCUCCUAGGGUGCUCUUCAAUGACGAGGUUGCAUUUCCUAGCUUGGGGGACUUAGAUAUCUCCAACCUGGAUAGUGUGGAAAAGAUAUGGCACAACGAGUUUGUUGCAGAUUCCUUUGGAAAACUAAAAAGACUAUCAGUGCGGUCUUGUCAAAAACUGCAGAAUGUUAUUCCUUCCAAUAUGCUGAAGAGGCUACCGAGUCUACAAAUUCUGAAGAUAGUGGACUCUAAUUCACUGGAAGAGAUUUUUGAUCUGGAAUCCAUAGAUAGUAAGGAAAGUCAUGAUAUUCCUACGCUUCAGUUGCGAGAAUUGUGUUUAGAUAAUUUAGAGAAGCUGAAGCGUGUAUGGAAUAAGGCUCCUCAAGGACUUCUUACCUAUCCUAACUUAAAGUCUAUACAAGUUUCUCAUUGUCCAAGUCUUAUAAUUCCUUAUGAAGGUUAUGUAGUGAGAAGCCUUAUGCAAGUUAAAGAAGAAGAUAUGAAUUCUUGUGGAGUGAAGGAAAUUGUUUCACACGAAGAUAUGGCAAAAGUAGUGUCCAUGUUCUUUUUCCCUGAAGUGACCUCUCUGACAAGUUCCUGUCUAAAACAACUUGAAUGUUUCUAUCUGGGACUGCAUAAUUUGGAGUGGCCAAUGUUGAAGACACUGGAGGUGGAAAGUCAUGAAAGUUUGGAGAAAUUGGCUUCCGAACUUGAUAAGCCAGUUAAGCAACCCAUCUUCCUUUGUGAUAAGGUUGCGUUCCCUAACUUGGAGUUCUUGAAUCUCUCUCUCAAGUUGGAGAAGAUGAAGGAUCUUCAUGUUUUAUUCGGGGCCCUCUCUAAUCUAAAGAUCCUGAUAGUUGAAAACUGCCCAUUCCUAUCAAGUCUUUUUUCACCCCAAUUUAUACAGUGCUUAAACAAUUUAAAAAAGCUAACUGUGAAAAAAUGUGACCUCCUAGAAGAAGUAUUUGAUCUUAAGGGACUUGCUCAUGGUGAUGAUGAACAUGUUGAGACGCUCUCCAAGCUAGAAGACGUGAGCUUAAUUGAUCUACCUCAGUUGAGAGAUAUAUGCAACGACAGCCCUCUACAAGUUUUGUGCUUCCAAAACUUGAAAUCGCUAGAAGUGAAGCAGUGCAACAGCGUGAUGUAUCUUUUUUCACCUUCCAUGGUGUUGGGUCUUGUGCAACUCCAAGACUUACACAUAGAACAUUGUCCCGCGUUGAAAGAAAUUUUUACCGUGGAAGGCAGGGAUACCGAUAACUGGCCCCCACAAGUUUCCUGCUUCCAGAACUUGAAAUCCCUACAGGUGAAGCAGUGUGACAGUUUGAUGUAUCUUUUUCCAUAUUCUGUGGCCUUGGGUCUUGGGCAACUCCAAGAAUUAUGCAUAGACCAUUGUUCUAAGAUGAAAAAAAUUAUCAUGGAAGAUGGGGAUGUGGACAACAGGCCCCAACAAGUUUCGUCCUUACACAACUUGAAAUUUGUACGGGUGAAGCAGUGUGAUAGCUUGAUGUAUCUUUUUUCACCUUCCAUGGCAUUGGGUCUUGUACAACUUCAAGACUUAUGCAUAGAACAUUGUCCCACGAUGACAGAAAUUGUUACCGGAGAAGACAGGGAUUUUGAUAACCAGCCUCCACUGGUUUCAUGCUUCCAGAACUUGAAAUCCGUACAGGUGAAGCAGUGUGACAGCUUGAUGUAUCUGUUUUCAUCUUCCUUUGCAUUGGCUCUUGUGCAACUCCAAGACUUAUGCAUAGAACAUUGUUACACGAUGAAAGAAAUUGUCAGGGAAUAUAGGGAUGUGGACAGCAGGCACCCACAAGUUUCAUGCUUCGGGAACUUGAAAUUCAUCCAGGUGAAGCGGUGUGACAACUUAAUGUAUCUGUUUUCAUCUUCCUUUGCGUUGGCUCUUGAGCAACUCCAGGACUUACGCAUAGAACAUUGUGAUACGAUGAAAGAAAUUGUGGCAGCAGAGAAGGGAGUUACAGAUGAGAUCAUUUUUCCUCAGAUAACCCGUGUUUCACUUCUAAAGUUGCCCAAACUAACAAGUUUCCAUCUUGAAAAGAUUCAUGUGGGAGACUCUAAUAAAGUGCCUGGGGUGCUCUUCAAUGAACAGGUUUCAUUCCCUAGCUUGGUGUUUUUGUAUGUCUCUGGGCUGGAUAAUGUGGAAAAAAUAUGGCACAACCAACUGCUUGCAAAUUCCUUUAGCAAACUGAAGGAAAUGAAGGUAGAAAAUUGUAAUGAACUGCAGAAUAUUUCAACAUCCAAUGUGUUGAAUUGGUUACCAAGUCUAAAGUUUCUUAGAAUAGCCAGCUGUGGCAAAUUACGAGAGGUUUUUGAUCUGGAUGUGACAAAUGUUCAGGAAGAUGUAACAGACAAUCGGUUGAGUCGAUUGGUUUUAGAUGAUUUACAGAACCUGGAGCAUAUAUGUGACAAGGUUCUUGGAAAAAAAUUGUGCUUACAGAACCUGAAAUCUCUCGAGGUGAGUAAGUGUGCCAGCAUGAAAAAGCUUUUCUCGCCUUACACAGAACUUGAAGUAGUGGGAGAAAUCAUCAGGCAGGAAGAAGGAGCUGAAGAGGUUAUUGAUAAGAUUGAUUUUCCUGAACUAACCUCUCUUUCACUCAAAUCCUUGCCCAGCCUGGCAAGUUUCUAUCCAGGAAGCCAUACAGUGCUCUUCAAUGAAAAGGUUGCUUUCCCUAACUUAGUGUCCUUGCACAUAUCUGGCCUGGAUAAUAUAAAAGAGAUAUGGAACAACAAUCCGACUGCAAAUUCCUUCAGCAGACUAGAAGAAGUGAAGGUAGAAUAUUGUAAUAAACUGCAGAAUGGUUUGCCAUUGUUUGUGCUGAAGUGGUUAUCGAGCCUACAGUUUCUUAGAAUAGCCAAUUGUGGUCAAUUAAAAAAGGUGUUUGAUCUGGGAAGGGCAGGUAUUCUGGACAAUGAAACAGCAACUCAAUUGAAUAAGUUGGAACUACAUAAUCUCCCACUUCUGCAGUAUAUAUGGAAUAAGGAUCCCUAUGGAAUUCUCACCUUUCAAAACUUAGCUUUUGUGGAAGUUUUCGGUUGUCAUGGUCUGGAAAGUCAUUUUCCUGCCGAUAACUUAGUCCGAGAUCUUUCACAACUUGAAAAGCAAUUGAUAAGAUCUCGCUGGACAAAAGACUUGAGAGAGAAAGAUAAAGGAGAAGAUUUUGUAUUCCCUGAAGUAACCUACGACGAUCCUCGAAAAAUCAAGGGUAAAGAUGUCUUGGAAAGUGCAUGAUUAUGUGAGCAAGAUUUCAGAAGACAUGCCUGGAAGUUCAGGAUAGCAUCCCAGUUCAAGGUUGGUUGCUUUCCCUGACUUGGAGGAACUUAGUGUGACAGCUAAUUCCCAGCAAAAUCCUUCAAACUACAAGUUCUGGAGGUACGCUGGAUUUGCUCCAUGCUUUCCUUCAUUUCAGGAGAAAGACAUGCUACUAUGAGAGGCUCUGCAACGAUUUUUUCCUCUGUUUCAAUUGAAUUCGAUUGGGUUUUUCUUUCAGUAAAAUUUCAUAUGAUUGCCUAGACUUGGGCAAUAUACUCCUAAGCUACUAUGCUACUUUGUCCCAAAACAGUUAAACUACUUCCCGCUUGAAAUAUGUGGUUGUAUGAACUUAUACAUUUGCAUGCAGGUGUGACCUUUGAAUUUUAUUUUUUUAAUGUACUCUUUAUAUAAUGAAUCUGUUCUUGUUGAGAAUCUUUCCUAAUAUCCAUCCAGAUUGUUGAA